GGGGCGGGUCCGCCGCUGUGACGGACAGGCGCGCUGGCCAAUGGAUGCGGGCAGGAGGCGGGGCCACGCGCGGAGUGAUGGGCGCGUUAUUUAAUAGCAUCGAACGGGAGGCGGGCCUGAGCAUGGAUUGACAGAGCGGUGGCUGCGCUAUGGGCAGGAGGAGCCGGCGGGCAGCCGACAGCUCGUCCUCGGGGGAGGAGGAGGAGUAUGUGGUGGAGAAGGUUCUGGAUCGGCGCGUGGUGAGGGGCCAGGCCGAGUACCUGCUCAAGUGGAAGGGCUUCUCCGAGGAGCACAACACGUGGGAGCCCGAGAAGAACCUGGACUGCCCCGAGCUGAUCUCGCAGUUCCUGCGCAAGGACCGCAGGAUGAGGGACAUGAGGGACAUGAGGGACAGCGAGGGGACACGGCCCCGGGAGCGCCCCGAGGGCGCCAAGCGCAAGGGACUGCCCGGGGAGGACGGCAGAGCCAAGAAGAAGAGAGAGAGCAAUGACAUCGCCCGCGGCUUCGAGCGGGGGCUGGAGCCCGAGAAGAUCAUCGGGGCCACCGACUCCUGCGGGGACCUCAUGUUCCUCAUGAAGUGGAAGGACACUGACGAGGCUGACCUGGUGCUGGCCAAGGAGGCCAACCUCAAGUGUCCCCAGAUUGUCAUCGCGUUCUACGAGGAGCGGCUGACGUGGCACGCGUACCCCGAGGACAGCGAGCCCAAGGAGCGGGACCCCCCCCGCAGCUGAGCCCCCUCCCCUGUACAGAGCCCGGGACCCUCCCGGCCCCGCCGUGCCCCCCGCCCCUCGCGGCCGCCCCCAGCCUGUCCCCACCCCCCAGGGCGGCUUUGGGGGGUGGCCCCGAUUCUGGUGUUUUUUAAAGUCGGUGUUUUUAGCCGGGGCCCCCCCGGGGUGUCCCCGUGUCCCCUCUGUCCCCCGCCCCGUGUUGUCCCCAACCCCCCGGAUUUGCUUCCAAUAAACGGUCACUUUUCA